AUGUCAAAAGCCGGCUCGGAUAUACUGGCGGUCCUAAGGGGCCUGCAGAUAGUUUUGGAACAAGUGCAACGUGAACAUCGUGAAUUAAGCCGUCACCUGUGGGCCAAUUCCAGUAUACGUGAACUGCUGGAAGAAAACCUAAAAUUGGGCAAGGAAUAUUUACAAAAAACUGGCCAAAAUCCCACCGAAGAAUUAAAGAAACUACAACAGCUACUGCAAGAAACACGGGAACGUUCAUGUGUGGUGGUGGAGGGUGUUAAACAGCUGACUGCCGCUAAAAUAGCUACAGAUUUCAAGAUGACUCAGAUGCCAUCAUUCACCUCCGCAGCAACAUCAGCAGGUGAGAAGAUAGAGCAGAUGAUGAGUGGGCGACCUGGCGAACAGAUGGUGACACACUCAACAGUUGAUAGUCAACAACGCGUUACAAAAGAAGGGAAAUUGUCGCCCUUGACGGCAGCUGGUAAAAUAGAUGCAGCUAAUUUGGAUAUAUCCUCCAUUACACUGAAGGAAAUGGAAGAAAUUCUCUCCAGGCGUUUGGAAAUACGUAAACGUGAAAAUAUGGAACAGCAAAAACAAGAAACGAAGACGGAAUCGACAUCCUCUCCCAAUGAAACCACAGCAGCUUCCUACUCGACAUCAUCCUCCACAGCAGCUUCUUCCACCUCCGCUCCAGUUACCGACUCCAUGAAAGCCGAUUCGGUAUAUGUCAAGAAUAUGCUAUCAUUUGUGGCAGGAGCCCCAGCUGAAGGCACGACAGCAACUUCCCCCAACUCGGCACAAAUUGAAUUACCCUCCCUGACAAAGGUCUCGAAACAAAGAAAAGUACCCUCCAGCCGCAUUGGCAGAAUGGCUUCCUUUGGUGGCCUUUUUGCCGGCCUCGGUAUUGGUACCAUAAAUGAACUAACCAAAGGUGCCUUGGGCCUAGGAGGCUCCACAAAUGUCAAAGAUGCCCUCCUAAGUCCCGCCAAUGCCGAUCGUAUUGUUGACACCCUGUGCAAAGUACGCGGUGCCGCCUUAAAGAUUGGACAAAUCCUAUCCAUACAAGAUUCCAAAGUGGUCUCCCCCCAACUGGCCAAGGCCUUUGAGAGGGUACGACAAUCUGCCGAUUACAUGCCUGAUUGGCAAGUGGAACGUGUUAUGAACACCGAAUUGGGUCCUCAAUGGCGUGAUUUGUUUGCAAGUUUUGAGGAUAAACCAUUUGCUGCGGCCUCAAUUGGUCAGGUACAUCGUGGUGUUUUGAAAAAUGGCAUGCAUGUUGCCGUGAAGAUUCAAUACCCCGGGGUGGCGAAGAGUAUCGAAAGUGAUAUUGAUAAUUUAGUGGGUAUGCUGAAGGUAUGGGAUGUUUUCCCCAAAGGGUUCUUUAUUGACAAUUUGGUAAAGGUAGCCAAACGGGAGCUGAAUUGGGAAGUGGAUUAUACACGCGAAGCUGAUUAUACGGAGAAAUUUAAGGAAAUGAUUGCACCCUAUGGAGAGUAUUAUGCUCCCUUGGUUAUACGGGAUAUAACAACGAGUAGUGUUUUGACCACGGAAUUGGUACCCGGUGUACCAUUGGAUAAAUGUUUUGAAAUGAGCUAUGAUCAUCGUCGCCACAUAGGCGAAUCGGUAUUGAAGCUAUGUCUUCGAGAACUUUUUGAAUUCCAGUGCAUGCAAACCGAUCCAAAUUGGUCGAAUUUCCUCUACGAUGCCAAUUCCCGGAGGCUAAUGUUGAUUGAUUUUGGUUCAACGCGUUUCUAUCAAAAGGAGUUCAUUAAGAAAUACAGAAGUAUUAUUAUGUGUGCCGUUAACAAUGAUCGCAAGGGUGUAUUGGAAAUCUCCCGGGAAAUGGGUUUCUUAACAUCCUAUGAAACAAAAUUAAUGGAAGAGGCUCAUGUGGAUGCCGUCAUGAUAUUGGGUGAAAUGUUCCGCUGCGAAGGGGAAUUUGAUUUUGGAAAACAGAACACCACUGAACGCCUGGCAAAUUUGGUGCCCACAAUGGUGGCCCAUCGUUUGUGUCCACCGCCCGAAGAAAUCUAUUCCAUACAUCGUAAAUUAUCUGGCAUCUUUUUGUUAUGUUCAAGGCUGAAUAUACGCUUGGAAUGCCGUCCCCUGUAUGAUGAUAUUGUGGUGGGCAAAUUUAGGAAAUAA